AUGGCUACUAAUGUGGACGAGAAUUACAAUCAGGUUUUAGGGAUUCCCACACCCCGCAAUUUGAAGUUUAAUACUUUAAAUUCGCCAACCAUAAAUCCACUUGGUAAUGUUCCACAACAAAAACCGUACUCUAUUCUUCGCUCUCCAAAUUGUGAGAAACCCGUGAAACCCGUGAAACCCGUGAAACCCGUGAGAUCAGUGCUGCCAAAGAUAGGUAAAGUAGUUUUGGAUGAGAGAACCGAAGAUUUAGUUAGUUAUUUAAGAAAACCGGACCCUUUGGUCACCAGGAAUUACGAUAGGACGUCUACUUCUUUCAUCAUGCAGCCCCCAAAACGCCCGGUUUUACUCCCCCAUGUCAUUCCAGCUAGACCUUACCUGCUACCUGAUCUUACUCCAACUCCCUCUAUAUAUCCAAGAAUUGAUAGAUCUUUGUUUGAAGGAUCAUCUAUGUUAGAAGCCCGUCUAAUAAAAAGCCCAAAGAAGUACGACAGUCAGAAGCUAUUGCCGGAUACUGCUGUUCUUAAUCUAGCCAUUCUAGGUACACCCCAACUUGGAUUUGACAUUGGCCCGUUACGUGAGUCUCAAAACCCAGCUUAUCCUAUUGAUGUUGAAGAAGAUUGUGAGAAGAAAUGUCUAGCAAUUUUAUACUCGGAAUUAACGGGUAGCGAUCUACCACCAUUUAGGAAGGAAUUGGAGUUGAAUGAGAGGGCAGACAUGGUCCGCUGGUAUGACCGUGUAUUGUACAAGAUGUUUGGCGUAGAUAGGUCGGGAUAUUUUGCUUUGAAGGAUGAGAAGAACUGGUAUCGACUACAUCCAUGGUCUUUAUUAGAUCAAGAUACAUGUGACAAGAGCUAUGAUGGUGACGGUAGUUCUGAAAGCGAUCAAGAUGAAACUGAACCAGGUGACGAGGUAUUAGAGGAUUUUAUACAUAGGUGCACUACAACUGCAUCAUUUAAUGGCUAUCUUAGCUAG